AUGCCGAAUAAUAGCCUCCGCGACGCUCUCAGCCUGUUCAUGCGGGGCCGUGGCCGGAUGGACUCCCCGCCCACGAACAUGGGCACCUACAUUAGCCUCGUCUUCGUCUCCGUCUUCGUCACCGACAUAAUCAUGAGUAUCAUUCUGCAAGACGCGCAAUGCCAACACGCCCGCCAAAGAACUCAGAACUCAGCCUGGUGGGGGUGA